AAACAAUCUUCGCACACUCAAAUCCGAACGCCAAAAUGUUGGACCUUUUCCAGUUCAACGCUGCAUUUCCGACCGACGGACCGAAGCCAUACGAUCAAAAUGGCGUCCGACAGAUUGAGACAUUCCGGAAGACCUUCGACGGCAUCCUGUUCAUCGACCGCGUGCUGAAGGCGCUCGGAGUCGGCGAAGGCAAAGCAUACCCACCACGGGGCGACAGCGGGCUCCAAGCCCUGCACCAACAAAUCUGCGAGGCCAAAGUCUCUCCGCACGCCAAGCUCUCCGUCUUCUACUACCUCCUCCUCGACUACGACGAGCUCCGCGGCGCGCGCUCCAACCUCGCCGAGGCACUCGCCGAGGAAUCCGGCCUCCCGAAAAACUACCAGAUCCUGAUGCGCGGCCUCUGGCACAUGGACCGGCGCGAGUUUAAGUUCGCUUUGGAGCACCUCGCGCACCCGUCCCUGCCCUCCGAGUUCGCGGAUGACAUCAUCACCGUGCUCGUACGCCACGGCAAGUCAUCGUCGGCCGCCGCCGCUGAAGACGACGACGACUACAGCCUCCCCCUCGCCUACUACCACACGGUACAACCCAUGCUACAAACCUCCGAAGCGCUCGAGCUGCUCUUCGGCGCGCUGGCGCGCACAAGCGUCACCUCAGCGCUGCGCUUCUCGCGCGCCUACCCGGAUCACGCGCGACAGCAGCUUUUCGAAAAACUGGUGGCGUCGGUGCUGGAGCACCCGCAGGCUGGCGGCGCGCGCGGCAGGGAGCUUGUCAGUCUGCCGCUUGACCGAGCUGAGGAGAAGUGGUUCCAGGAGUAUAUCGCGUCUGGUGAGGGAAGGAGGAGCAAGAAUGCCAAGGUGGUUGCGCAGAUGAGACAGGUUGUCACAGGCCGGCACCGCGGGCUAAUUCCGGUGGGGGGUCUGGGUGGGCAAGGGGCUGGUGCUGUUCGGGCAGGUCGGUGACGAACGCGAAGGAAUGAGGUGUCUGUUUUCUUCUUUAAUAAUUUGUAGUUUGGUAGAGGUACAGCAGCAUAGCGAUGGCGUUUAGGCUUUGUCGGAUACCACACUGGUGAUUGAGGGAAAAAACUCUCGCACUGCGUUUUCCUACAUCUAGAGAUCUCUCCACAAAGGAAAUGCACAUUCUUGAUGUCUUUU